CUAGAGUAAAUCCGGCUUCCGCUAACACGUCACCCUAAAUAGUCGUUUACGUUUUGUGUAUCCAGCUUUAGAGAAGAUGGUUGACUAAGGAAUGAGUCGCCAUAAGAAGUAAUUGAAGAGCUAAUCAGGUUUUCUAAACAGCUGGGAACAGCGACGCUUUUGUGCCUUUAAUAGACAAAGUUAAUUUGCGGGUGAAAUGGAUGAUGUAACUAUUGAAGACGUCGAUGACCAUGAUUCCACUUUCCGUGUGAAGCCUCCCCUCAAAAACCAGGAUCUGAGUUCCUUAACCCUGGCAGUUGGGGACUUCCUGUCCCAGUAUGGCUGGUACCUGCUGUUUGGGACUGUGAUGCUCUACUUACUCAUUCUGCACCUGAGCAAGAGGAGAUCAAGCCAGCGCAGCCCAAACCCACAAACCCCACAAGAUGCUACACUAGUGGCUAGAAGACAAGAGGCCAUGGAAGCUGCCAGGAGGAAGAUGCAAGAAGAGCUUGAUGCCAAAGCAGCUGACUUCAAAGAGAAGCAUAAAUUGCAAGAAGAGGAGAAGAGGAGGCAGAAAAUAGAGAUGUGGGAGAGUAUGCAGCAGGGAAAAAGUUACAAAGGAGCUGCAAAACUCUCUCAGACCACUGAGGAGGCCAGCUCAUCUCAAACUGUGCUAAAGCCAAAGACGGACAAGAAGCCUCUUCGCAGUACAGAUUACAAUCCCCUCACUGGACAGGGAGGAGGCUCCUGUUCCUGGAGGCCUGGCAGGAGAGGGCCAUCAUCUGGUGGAUGAGGCUAAAGAAGGUUGGAGGCACUGGACUGUUGGAUCUUUUGACCUCUGACAUCCUGAUGCUCACACUGGCUGCAGGAAAGAAGCUGAUAACGACACCUAUUCCAUGCUUUAUUAGAGUUGAGCAUGCUCCAUACUUCUUGUGUUGAUACCUGCAUCAUGUUUAAUUUCUCUCUAUUUAGUUUCAACCCUCUCUGUCAUGCUGUUAAUGCUUAACUGAACAGAAAAGUAGUUUAAAGCUUGUAAUGAAGCCAUUCCUGUAAAUGGUUUAUAACCAGUAGGUUUGGCUGAUGUGUUUCACAGCCAGUGUGGGUUUUUUUCUCAUAUAUUUUAUUUUGUGUUUACCAAUGUGUGCCACUAUAACUUAACAGUUAAUAUUACUGCAGCACUUCUAGCUGGUGGACAGUGUUUGGAACAUUAUGAUUACAUAGUUAGAAAAAAAAUGUCAAAAUGUAAGGAGGUUCUGUUCAUUGGUAUGCAUAUUUUAAUGCAAUAAAGAAUAAAGUCCCCAGGA